CAAAAAAUUGCAGAUUUGCAGUUGCAUUAUCACACACAAUAGAUCCAAGGAUAGAUGGCUUGUGUAGCUGUAGCUUCUCUUUUGAGAACAAUAGAGAUUGAGUUCUUGCAAUAUAAGCCUCGUCCACUUGUUCUAGACAAUCAUCUCAUCUCCCCCAACAAACACUUGAUCCAAUCUUUCCACCAAAAGCUUGGAUUUCUCAUAAGUCAGCUCGAUGAGGAAAGAAUCGAUGGUGUUGAAGCAGUUAAACACUUGGAAACGAAGCUCAGGGAUUUAGCGUUCAGAGUGGAAGAUGAAAUCGAAAUCCUUGUAGCACAUCUUUAUGAUGAUGAUGAGGAGGAGGAUAUUGAUGAUGAAUAUUUAGUCGGAAUAGCAGAUCUCUUUGUAGAAGAGGAAGAUGAACUACUCCGAGUAGAAGAUCUGUACGUGGAAAAACCACAGAGGGACACAGAUGCGGAGAAGACGACGACUCAGCCUUGUGUCAAACUUGGUCAAGUUUUUCAAACUGCAAUGGAACAAAUUAAAGCCAUCAAGGAAGAGUUGGUGAAAAUCAAGGCAGAAGGAAGAAAGACAGCCCAUGAUGUUCUUCAAAGGUCUCAACUUCUUUCCUCCCACCAUGCUUCACACUCCAAGGAACAAAUGGUCGGGAAAAAACACGAGUUUGAGAUAAUCAAGAAGCUGCUAACUGAACUUGGAUCUAAGGAAAAAAAAGUUGUAUCAAUUAUAGGUAUGGGAGGAAUCGGUAAGACAACUUUGGCCAAACAAGUUUAUGAAGAUCCAUCAGUUUCUAUCCACUUUGACGUGCGAGCCUGGGUUGUCGCAUCACAGCUUCACAAUAAGAGGCAAAUGCUUGUAAGUCUUCUUAAUUCAAUUUCCAAACAAGACGGCCUAGAAAAGUCCACUGAUGAGGAUCUUACUUUAAAACUCUACCAAUGUUUAAAGCGUCAAAGAUACAUAAUUGUGGUUGAUGAUGUGUGGAGUGGUGAGGCAUGGGAUGAUGUUUGCAAUUGUUGUCCUGAUGAUGGAAAUGGGAGUCGAGUAUUGUUAACUACUCGCCUUGUAGAGGUGGCACAUUAUACGAGCUCUGACAAUGACUUUUCUCAUCAUAUGCAAUUAUUGAAUCAAAGUGAUAGUUGGAAUUUAUUUUGUGAAAAGGCAUGUAAAUCUCGUGGCGUUGAAUUUGAGAUAAUCGGGAGACCAAUUGUUGAAAAAUGUAAAGGAUUGCCUCUAGCAAUAAUUGUGAUUGCAGGAUUGUUUUCCAAAUUCAGCACGCUAUAUGAGUGGGAGAAUAUUGUAAAUGCUCUAGAUUCUUCUACAACAACAACAAUUGCAACAACAUGCUCAAAAAUAAUUUCACUGAGCUACAAUCACUUGCCUCACCACUUAAAGGCAUGCUUUUUAUAUUUAGGGGUUUUUCCAGAAGAUCAUAAGAUAAAGGCUAAUGAGCUUUCAAGAUUAUGGUCUGCGGAAGGACUUGUAAAGGCAUCCGAGAAUGAAAACUGUGAUGUAGUGGCUGAAAAGUACAUACAAGAACUUAUGGAUCGAAACCUAAUUAUUGUGAGCAAGUGGAGUUGUUGUGGAAGAAAAAUUAAAGUAUUUGGGGUGCAUGAUUUAUUGCAUGCCUUUUGUGUGAAAGAAGCUCAAAAGGAGAACCUUUUACAUGUUGUUCAAAAAAAUGGUUCCGAUUUUCCUCAAAGAGGCUUCCGUUGGGUAAGCAUACAGUCAUCAACUUUUGAUGUGUCUGCACUAUGUUAUUCAUCAAGAAACUGUCGGUCCAUCUUCUGUUUUUCAUAUUGCCGAAGCUUAAAUUUGAAACAGUUCAAGCUAUUGAGAGUGUUCUUCUGUAUUAGCUUUCGGAUGUAUGACAAUGUUGUGGAUCUCGUCCAUUUGAGAUAUUUACCUUCAGCGCUUGAUGGUCAAAAUAUUAUGAAACUGUUCAAGGCUUGGAAUCUUCAAACACUAUAUAUUUGUAAAGAUGAUAGGAACUAUUUGGAGUUUCCACAAAUGCAAUAUUUUCGUUGUUCAUUUAUGACAGGAAAUCCUCCCAAAUUUGUUCAUCAAAACUUGCAGAGUCUUUCUUGGUUGGAGCCUGAGCAUUGCACAAAAGAAUUCUUUACACAUUUUCCAAACAUAAAGAAGAUAGGGAUUAACGGUAAAAGAAGGGAUUGCAAUGAUUGCAUCGUGAACCUUGUCAGUGUACAGCAGCUGGAGAAACUGUAUAUUUAUAUUGGUAGUGUCAGUUAUACGUGUCCAACCAUGAUCCAGAUUAACUGCCAUAUUGUUUUCUUGCAAAGCCUUAAGAGUUUAAAAUUUGACGCCAAUUGUAUGGAGUGGAAUGGAAUUAAUGUUCUCUGCAAGUUGCCUAGGUUGGAGGUGCUCAAGUUAUUAAGCAAUGCAUGUGUAGGCAAAGAGUGGGAGCUACCAGAGGAUGAUGACAAAUUCUGCCAGUUAAUUGUUUUGGAAAUUGGUAGAACUGAUCUCAAGGAUUGGAAAGCCACUGGUGAUCAUUUCCCAAAACUUAAGCACCUCUCCCUUUCUUCAUGCAAGAAAUUGAAAGAGAUCCCUAGAGGGUUUGCAGAAAUUGAAGAAUUGAAAUCAAUCCAAUUAGCGGGUUGUCGUCCUUCUGUGGUUGCUUCAGCCCAGGAAAUCAAGGAAGAACAACUUGAUUAUUUGAAUAAUAUUGUGGAUGUGGUUGUGGCGGAGCAACGUGACUACUCUCCGGUUUAUGAGUUUGAGUCUGAUGAAGCUUAGUUUGAUGGAUGAAAUUGAGCUGUGCCAGAAGAGUAGAAGGAGGAAAGCUUGAGAAAAGAAGAGUAGAGAAAAAUGGGUAUGCAUGUCUAUCUAUUAUUGUGAAUCAUAAAAUUUUACCUUGCAACAUUGUACUGUAUAGCUCUGGGUGAGAAAGCUUUGUAUCACUCUAAUUAAUUCAUUUUGUGCUACUUUAAAGCGAGUUAGACUUGUAGUUUAAUUUGUUGUGCUUUUUAUUUUAAAAACGUUUGUUUCGAUUUCCAUUCAUAAGGUCAGUGAUAUGCUUGAAGUUCAUUCAAUGUUUAUA